AUGGAGGAUUCUAAGGUCGAAGAACACAAAGAGAGUUUUGUACCUAGCGCGUGUAGUGGAGCUAAUGCAUGUAGGGAAUUAGCUUUGGAUUAUUCACAUGAAUUUACCACCCAUGAGGAGUUUGCAACAAGGGACAAUUUAGUCACAUGGGUGCGCGAAGUUGGUAUGCGACUAGGAAUGAUAAUGUCAGUAAAGUCUUCAAACCCGGGAAAAAAUAGACGUAGAAGGCCCUACGUGGUACUUGUAUGUGAGCGUGCGGGGGUGUAUCGUGGCAAAAAGGUACCCGGUCAAGACGACCAAGGAAAGGGAAAAAGGCAAACAGCGUCCAAGAAAUGUGAGUGUCCGUUUGAGUUGAAGGGCCAAAAAAUGGGCAUGGAUGAUGAAGAAGUUGGGUGGGUGUUGACAGUUGAAUGUGGUAGUCACAACCACUCAGAUUUUGAAAACUUUCAAGGCCACUCAUAUGCUGGAAGAUUAACAAGUGAAGAGAUGGCACUGGUAGAAGACUUGUCAAACGCAUUGGUGAAACCAAAGGCAAUCUUAUCAUCACUAAAGUUGAAGAAUCCGACAAAUGCGUCUUUAAUUAAGACGGUUUAUAAUGCUCGUCAGAAGAUCCAGUUCAAAGAGAAUGCUGGUAGAACUCAAAUGCAAUUGUUGAUGUUGAAGUUGUCCGAAAAUAACUACUUCGAGUAUCACAUAUAUUUGGAGGAGACCGGCGAGGUAAUGGACUUGUUGUGGACCCACCCUACGUGCAUUAAAUUGGCAUGUAGUUAUCCGUAUGUAUUGGUUAUGGAUUGUACAUACAAAACCAACAUAUACGGACUCCCAUUCCUGGAGAUUGUGGGUAUUACUUCUACGAAUAAAACGUUCUCUGUUGCAUUUGCAUACCUUCGGGCGGAAAAAAUAGACAAUUACGUAUGGGCCUUGAAGAGCUUGGCGAAGGUCAUGGAAAGUUGUCAUAGACCUAAUUGUAUAGUCACAGAUCGAGAGGUAUGGACAAUGUGA